CUUCUUCGCCUCGAUUCCACGCGCAAAGUCGAAACUGCACGCGUCUCUAACAGAAAUGCGAUUGUAGUAGGCCUUCUGAUCUGCGCCUGGGCCGCGUUCGAGGAGCCAGCACGCGUUGCAUGCAGCCUAACAACCGGCGGCAUCAUUUCGGUUGGGAAGUAUGACAUAGAUCGUCGCCCAUUGAACCGGUACCUCAAUAUACAAUGAGCGUCUCGGGUGAAGAUUAUCCGCAAUACCUCCAUGAGUCUCCAUGUACCCCGUCCAACGGCCCGUAGACCCUGGAGAGCAUCUAUAAGACUUCCGGUACGUUGUCUAGAACCCAGUAUCCGGGCGAGACUGCACUUAGACGGUGUACACUCCAUACCAUCAUGCGGCAAUUCUUCUCCGGUUCAGCCUCCCUAAUCGCUGGGUGCGCUCUGCUCCUUCCCAGCAGCGCAUAUGACUUGGUUCGCAGACAACAAGCAGCGAAUGCGACCUACAAGGAUGCUUCCGCACCAGUCGAGGACAGAGUGGCGGAUCUUCUUUCCCGCAUGACCAUCGAGGAAAAGACAGCUCAGCUCAUCCAGGGAGACAUCUCAAAUUGGAUCAACACCACUACUAAUGCUGUCAACGAAACGGGUCUCGAAUGGAACUUUCGCGUGCGCGCGGGUCAAUUCUACGUCGGCUAUCCGAUACCUGCGGAAUGGAUCAGCAAUGGCGUCAAGAUUGGCCAGGACUACCUUCUGCAUAAUACGACAUUGGGAAUUCCAGCAAUGGUUCAGACGGAAGCUAUACAUGGUUUGCUCGUCGGUAAUGCGACCAUCUACAAUAGUCCGAUCGGGCAGGCAUGCUCGUGGGAUCCGCAGCUAAUCCACGACAUGGCCGUGGCCAUUGCGAAGGAGUCGGCUCCUCUUGGUAUUAAUCAGCUGUUCGCUCCCCUCGCGGAUCUAGCGCGAGAGCUACGUUUUGGAAGAGUCGAGGAGACAUAUGGCGAGGACGGUUUCCUAGCCGGCGAGAUGGCAUACGAAUACGUCAAGGGAGUGCAAAGUCUGAAUGUUAGCGCCACAGUUAAGCAUUUCGCCGGGUUCAGUAAUCCAGAGCAAGGUCUUAACACCGGACCUGUCCAUGGAGGCGAACGGGAGCUACGAACCACGUGGCUGCCGCCUUUUCAUCGUGCUAUCAUGGACGCUGGUGCCUGGAACAUCAUGGGUGCUUAUCACUCUUACGAUGGAAUACCUUCAAUCGCCGAUGGCCACAUGCAAGAGACAAUCCUCCGCGAGGAAUGGGGCUACAAGUAUUGGCUCACUUCGGAUGCGGGAGCCACAGACAGGCUGUGCUGCAACUUCAAGCUGUGCCAAUGCAAAACAGAAGACACGCCAAUCGACAGCGAGGCCGUAACACUCAUGGCUCUGCCAAACGGUAACGACGUGGAGAUGGGUGGAGGCUCAUACAACUAUGCGAACAUCCCACGCUUGGUCGAAGAAGGCAAGCUAGACAUCGAGAUCGUCGACCGAGCCGUGAGCCGUCAGCUCCGUGCGAAGUUCGAAAUGGGUCUGUUCGAGAACCCAUACCAAGGCCUCUCCACCAAUGCGACUGAGUCCAUCAUCCACCCUGAAGAGCAUGUUCAGCUUGCGAGAACACUUGAGGCUGACUCCAUCGUCUUGCUCGAGAACAAGAACAGCACUUUACCUCUGUCGAAGUCUGCAAAUGUUGCUGUCAUUGGUCCCAUGGCAAACAUCACUAAUCUUGGAGACUACGUGGUCUACCGCUCUCAGUACAAUCCUACCAAUGUUACCCCAUUGCAGGGCAUUCAAAGCGCAUCGAGCGGCACUGUCACGUACGCCCAGGGUUGCGAGCGCUGGUCAAACGACCAGUCCGGCUUCCCCGAUGCGGUCGCUGCGGCCGAGGCUGCAGAUGUCGCAGUAGUCGUCGUCGGCACCUGGUCACGCGAUCAGCAAGAGCUCUGGCAAGGUCUGAACGCCACCACCGGCGAACACGUAGACGUCGCAUCGCUCAAUCUCGUCGGUGCCAUGGGCGAGCUUGUCCAAGCCAUCAUCGAGACUGGCAAGCCCACCAUCGUCGUCUACUCCUCCGGCAAGCCCGUCACCGAGCCUUGGAUCUCUGAUAAUGCAGCCGCGCUUCUCCAACAGUUUUACCCCGGUGAGCAGGGCGGCAAUGGACUAGCCGACGUCCUCUUCGGCGAUGUCACGCCCUCUGGCAAACUCUCGGUCUCCUUUCCAUACGACGUCGGCACAUUGCCAAUCUACUACGACUACCUUAACUCCGGCCGAGCCACCGACGCAGGAGCCAUCCUACCAAACGGCACCCUCCAAUUCGGCCACCAAUACGUCCUCAACAGCCCCCAGGCACUAUACGAAUUCGGCUACGGCCUCUCCUAUGCAAACUUCACUUACUCUAACGUCACACUUUCCAAGACCGAAGUCAGCCCCAGCGACACCAUUACUGCGACCGUAACCGUAACGAACGAAUCAGAGGUGGAUGGCAAGGAAGUUGUGCAGGUCUAUGUUCAAGAUGUUUUCGCUAGUGUUGUGGUGCCGAACAAGGAGCUCAAGGGCUUCAAGAAGGUCAUGAUCAAGGCGGGUGAGACGGUGGAUGUUAGCAUAGAGCUGGAUGUGGCUAAGUGGGGGCUGUGGGAUAGGAAGAUGCAGUAUGUGGUUGAGAAGGGGGAUUUUGUUGUGCAUGUCGGGGCUAGUUCGAUGGAUUUGAGGGGGAAUGCGACGGUCACAGCUGUUUGAGGUUGCGUGUGUUGGUUAGUUGGGGUUAAGAAACGACAAAUCGAGUUGACACUCGCCGUUCAGCCUAUGGUAAUGCGAUAAAGCGGAUCAGACAAGUCAGUCUGGACUUCCAAUUUUGUCCGCACGA